AUGGGUCAAAAAAAGAAAAGAACUGACGACGAAAGUCAUAUUCCACGUGUCAACAAGGAGAAGAAAUGUGAUCGUAUUGAUUUUUUGAAAAGUCAAAAGAAGAAACCCUCAAUGCCAUUGGAUGAUCUCACUGAUGCUUCAUUUUUAAAAGAACGACGUCAGCAAAAGCGAGAAAUGAAAAGAGAAAAACAAAGAAGGAAAGAUGUGGCACUGGCGACUGACGCCCACUUGGAAAAAUGCACUGACUCACUUCAAAGAAUGGAUGUUGAGAAGACUAAAUGCUAA